CACUGUUCGGCCUGUAUAUGAGCGGAUCACGAGAGAAAGCCGCAUACGCUAAUGUAGCCGACACAGAGGGUCUCAUGGAGCUUGUCAAAGCGGCACUGUUUUAUUUGUCUUUUCGUUCACAAUGCACUUUAGGAUUUCAAUAAGAUGUAUGUGUGUUUUGAAAUAGUGACUUUUCUUCUCGCCUUCAACUUCUACGAUUUGGUUCUUACUCAGGAUUCGUCCUGCUGCCACCAUGCUGCGGAACUCACACCAUGUAGGGAAGCAUGCGAUCAGCUCGCCACCAUAAAAAGCGAAUCUCGUUUGAAGCACCUACUACAGCGAUUACCAAGCUACUGCCCUGAGUCUAUGAAUGAGCUUUGGAUUUGCAUCAACUCCACACUACCUGGAGCGUCCAGGAAGUCCGAUGGUUGGGUUGGCCUUGGCUGCUGUGAGCUGGCCAUCUCGGCAGAGUGCCGCAGGGAGUGCAAGCAGGCAUCAUCCAAGAACGACAUCACAAAAAUAUGCAAAAAAGACACAGAAAAACCACUCUACAGCUGUAUCAUCAAAAAUGAGAUGGGCUCGGUAUGCUGCAGCUAUGCAGGGAGACACACCAACUGCAGAGAGUACUGCCAGGCUAUCUUCCGGACAGACUCUUCCCCAACCGUCUCUCAAAUCAAAGCUGUCAAGGGAUACUGCCAGAGCAUCAGCCCCGAGCUCAUUGGCUGUGUGGGCAACUACACCAAGUCUUACCCUAUUAGGAGCCCCAUAGACAGCCUGUACUGCUGCGACCGGGCCGAUGAGCCCCACUGCCAGGUGGCAUGCCGGCGCAUCCUUCGCACCAUGACCACGGAGCAUGAGAUCAUGGAGGGCCUGAUCAAUGAGUGCGGCAGCCAGCCACUGCCCCAGGACCCGCUGUGGCAGUGCUUCCUGGGCAGCGCCCACCCCCCCACCAAGAGCGAGACGGAGACCUCCCCCACCGCCAAGAUCGACGGCGCCAAGCUGCACUGCUGCUCCAAAGCCAAUACCUCAUUGUGCCGGGACAUGUGUCAGGAGAUCAGCACCAACUGGGGCACUCAGACAUGGCAGGAGUUUGAUCAGAUGUGCGAGUACAACCCUGUGGAGACGGACCUGAUCACCUGUUUGGCCGACGUCAGGGAGCCCUGCCAGCUGGGCUGUAAGGACCUGGCCUACUGCACCAACUUCAACAACAGGCCCACUGAGCUGUUCCGUAGCUGUAACAUCCAAUCAGACCAGGGCGCCAUGAACGACAUCAAGCUGUGGUCCAAUGGGACGAUCAAGAUGCCCUUUAUGAACAUCCCCGUCCUGGACAUCAGGAAGUGUCGUCCGGAGAUGUGGAAGGCUGUGGCCUGCGCCCUGCAGAUCAAACCCUGCUACAGCAAGUCCCGCGGCAGCGUCAUCUGCAAGUCGGACUGUGUAGACAUCCUGACACAGUGUGGUGACCGCAAACGCUUCUACGAGGGACAGACGGCCGAGCGCAUCUGUGAGAUUCUGUCACCCAUAGACGACCCUGAACGCUGCAUCCCCCUGGAGAGAUAUCUCACUCCUAGCUCCCUGGGUAACAUCAUUGAGGAGGUCAUCCACCCCUGUAACCCCAACCCCUGUCUCAGCAACCACCUGUGUGAGGUGAAUAGGAAGGGCUGUCAGCCAGGACAGGACUGCCUGCCCUACUUCUGUGUGCCUGGCUGUAAACUGGGCGAAGCCUCAGAGUUCCUGGUCCACCUGGAAGCCCGUAUCCAGGUGCCCAUGCGUAAUGGGCAGGCGGGUUGCUUCGAGGUGUGUACCUGUGGCCAGAGUGGCAGGCUGGAGAACUGUGCCGAGAUGCCCUGCAUAGACACCUCCAAGACCUGCAUUGUCGGGGGACAAAGAAAAAACCAUGGGACGUCCUUCAGGGUAGACUGCCACCCCUGUUCCUGCUUCGCUGGAGAGACCAUCUGCUCCACCCGCCAGUGCCUCAGCGCCGACAGCUCAGACGAGGACCGCCGCCGCUUCACUGGGCUCCCGUGUGGCUGCCCUGACCGCUUCGUGCCAGUGUGUGCCCGUAAUGGCCGCACCUACCCCAGUGCCUGUGUGGCCCGCUGCAUGGGCUUCAAAGACAACCAGUUUGUGUUUGGCCACUGCCGCAGCAGCGACCCCUGUUCCCCCAACCCCUGCCAGAAGAACCAGAGGUGCAUUCCCAGCCGUAGAGUGUGCCUUACAGACAUGGUUGACUACCACUGUCCCCAGUAUGAGUGUGUUGGUCGUCCCUCCGGCUGUGACAAGAUUCACAUGGACCUGGCCUGCGACACAGACAACGUGGAGCACCCCAACCUCUGUCAGCUCCUCCAGAUGGACACGUCAGUGGACACCAACCUUUUCUGAGUCAAGAUCACUUUC